CUCUCUUUCGCAACCAAGCCAAUGCUUCUAGUACCUCUACACCCGAGCUUGCUCUCACUCAGAUGUCAGCCUGUUAUUCUAAAAAUAUAUAUCGACCUCUCAGCAUGGUGUCAGUUUCGGUCAUUGUCUCGCGGGAUGACUGAUCAUUAGAGAUCGCUUGCUGUUCUUCCUUCCCUCAGCUUUUCAUCAUCCUUCCUCUGAAACAUGUCAAGUAAACCCAUAGCUGUUAUCGCAGGUCUCGGUUCAGGGUCUGGUACAGGCGCGGCAGCAGCUCGUCUCUUUGCCAAAGAAGGCUAUGCUAUCGCCCUCAUAGCCCGUGGCGCCGACUCUCUCAAAGCCCUCUCUGACGAGAUCAGCAAUGCCGGUGGGACCGCCGCUUCAUUCCCCAUCGCCUCGUACAGCACGACUGAUAUCAACGCUGCCUUUUCCCAAAUCCACUCCCAUUACCAAGGCCAAGCCAUCCGCGUCGCGCUCUACAAUGCAGGACACGGCGUCUGGAAACCAUUCCUCGAUAUCACCCCCGAGGACCUCCAAGCCGUGACGCAAACCAAUAUCGAGGGUGCUUUCGCCUUCUCGAAGAAUGUCAUCCAAGCAUUUCAAGUGAACGAAGUCGACGAGAAGGGGAAGAGAGGCUCAUUGAUCUUCACGGGGGCCACGGCAAGCGUGAGAGGGAAUGUCACGACCAGCGCAUUCUCAGCGGGGAAACAUGCAUUGAGGGCAUUGUCGCAGAGUUUGGCGAAGGAGUUUGGAAAACAGAACAUCCAUGUAUCGCAUGCAAUCAUCGAUGGCGGCAUCUUGACGAAUCUGUCUCGGCAGCGUCGUAAUGACCAAGCAUGGGAGAAGAACGAAGACGUUAGGUUGUCGCCGGAUGGAAUUGCUGAGGUACGUUUAUAUUUUUGCUAUUAUUAAGGGUGGCUAAUGUUGAGCUAUCUCCCUAGUCAUACCUGCAUCUCAUCAAG